UCCGAAGUGUCCACGCAUGAACUGCAUCAAGCUGUUCAAGUUUUACUUGGAAUAUAAUUGGAUUGUUGUGGCUUCGUUCUAAGCCGCCUCUUGGUCAAGAUUUACAUUGCCUCUCCUAGGAUCCACCACUGUAUUCUUGCAUCUAGUUGACUGGUUACCACGGGAGAAUUGGUAUAUUCUUACUUGGCUCCAAUCUCGAUAUUCCUUCAAGGUCUCGGAGUACCAUUCCUGCUUUUGUGACAUGACACUGUAACCUCAUAUAUUGCAGCUCAAGCGUGGCCAUCAUCGGGUAUUUGUGCUCAGUUUGUAUGAAUCGGGUUUUUAAGGUGUAUGCGCACGGUUUUUCCCUAGGACGAGAGGCCACCGUAAUGUGUGUUUCUUCCCGCUUGAUGGGGUCGUCUUCUUCAGUACGUAUUUCGUUUGAAAAUGCCGUUCUGUGCGUGAGAAUCUCUGUGCUAUUACGUUCUGUAGGGAGAAUAAUCUGAGCUUUCUAGCGCGAUGUGGGGUUUUGCGUCUGUGAGACAUUGAUUUGCAGCAGAUUAAUUUUUACUUUUAGACUUAAGUUCCUUAAAAGCGACACAACUGCAAGCCUAGCUGGCUCGCACAAGUCUAGUGCACUCUUUCACAGUUUGAUUCACCGUCGCACGAAAUCCUAGGGUAUCUAUGUCAUUCUGGAGUGGUCCGAUUCUACCUCAGGAAUACUCAGCUCCUUCGGUGAUAGAAGAUAAAAUUAGGCAUUGUUACAGAUUCUACAAAUUGGGUCGCCUGCGCUUCGUCUCCGUCACUGGUGUUUCAAAACUAAACUCUCUUCUCGGGGUCAAGCUACGUAGUUUCCCACUAUUUUGAGACCUAGUAUUUGCAUAGGGCAAUUCAGGGGACGUUGCAACUGGCGCGAUAGACCCUCGGAGAAGGAAGAGCGCCGCCAUGACAGCAGAGGUGGAUCCUACAGAAGUACAGAAUGCAGCCGCUGUACAGGUGCAAAAGGCGUACCGAGGGUACCGAGCUCGGCGCAAGCUUGCAGAUGCGGCAGUCAUGUCCAAAGCGUUUGGCUGGUGGAAUAUUGUCGAUUCUGUGGUUCUGCAAGAGCACACUCAACAGUAUUACGCACACAGUAAAUCUUGGAAUGCUAUUGACCAUUGGAAACGCCUGAAACGAAAGGCCUCAAAGGUUGGAAAAGGAUUGUCGAAAGACAACAAAGCUCUCAAGCUUGCUCUACAACAUUGGUUGGAAGCUGUGGACGCAAGACACAGAUAUGGACACAACUUGCACGCGUACUACCUCCACUGGAUUGCAAAAGAAACCGCUGAGCCUUUUUUCUAUUGGUUGGACCUUGGAGGGGGCAGGCAGAUUGAAUUACCCAAGUGCUCGAGAGCCAUUCUCCAACAGCAACAGAUUAAGUAUUUAAGUCCUGAGCAGAGAAAGCAUUAUGAGGUGGUGAUUUACUGCGGCAAAUUGUUUUAUACAGCUUCAGGAGAGCUUGUGCACACUCCCGACGGGGACCGUUGGAUUUUCGUUAUGAGCCCUCAAGGAAAGCUCUACAUUGGCAAGAAGAAGAAAGGUGUUUUUCAGCACUCAAGCUUCUUAGCAGGAGGCGCCACGACUGCUGCCGGCCGCCUUGUCGUCAAUCACGGAGUCUUAAAGCUGAUGGAAGCUCACAGUGGGCAUUACCGGCCGAGCCCAGAGAAUUUUGAGGCGCUUGUUAGGAAAUUGAUUGCUAGUGGGGCUGAUUUGUCCUUGGCUAAGGUGAAAUUGGUGUCGGAUGAUUUAGUAGAAAAGAAGGAAGGCAAUAAAUUGGCAGGAGAAGUGCGGGAAGUCAUUGAAGAAGUUAGUGCAGAUGAGCAUGUUUCAGUGAAAGUUGAAAACCAAAGUCUAGUGUCAAUGGAUAGCGGGUUCAAUGAAUCGAGUGAAUACCUCGUCACUAAUUUGACUUUUCCACAAGAAGAUAUUAAUGCUGCAAAGAAAAAGCUGGAACAUCCAGAGGGAGAGGUGGUAGUGAAGGAGAAAGUGAAGAGUGAAGGCCAAGGAUCCUUAGGCUUUUCGAGAAAUGGGAGCCUGGCAAAGUUGCAGCGUGAUGAGCGUUGCCAAGCACUGGAUAAGUAUGUCAUGCAGUCUGCUGCUCCUGUGAUGGCAUUCUAACUGCUGUCACUGUUGUAUCUGGGUCAUUUCAUCUUGUUAUUGAUGGUAUUGGAUUCGUGGAAACUUUUACAAAGCCACUUCCGAAUAUCUGAUAAUUGAGCACUAGGUAGGAAGCGAGAGGUUAAAAAUGUGAGUAAAUGUAAAGAGUGUAGUUCGUAAAUGUAAAGCCAGUGAAAAUGGAAGUAAGCAUGUUACCAAACAUAACCAAGUAAACUUUGGUAGACAUUUGUGUUGUGGAUGGAA